GGGCCGAGCGCUGGCGGGUCAGUUAAACACACCCUCCCCGCCCCCCAGACAUUACACAUAAAUUGCGGGUUACUUUAGGGGGAAGUAUUUCCCUGCGUGGCGAGUAGCAAAGAAAUCAGUUAAAAAGCCGAUAUUACCAGAGAAAGUUCCAGCUACCAGUACCGUGCACUGGAAAGAGAGGAUUGCACCAGUGUGAAGAUGAUGAAGUUCUGGUUAUUGUCUCUCCUCAUUCAGAGUUGGUGGAGUAGGUGUGCUGAGGCCGAAAUCUUCACCUCAAUAGGUCAGAUGACGGACUUGAUUUUCACAGAAAAAGAGCUUGUGCAAUCCCUGAAGGAAUACAUCCGGAAAGAGGAAUCCAGAUUGGUUCAGAUUAAAAGUUGGGCCUCCAAGUUGGAUGAUCUGACCCACACCUCGACUGUUGAUCCCGAGGGCUAUCUGUCCCAUCCUGUCAAUGCCUACAAGUUAGUGAAGCGCAUGAACACCGAGUGGGCGCAGCUGGAGAGCCUUGUCCUGCAAGACCCUGCUGAGGGUUUCAUUUCUAAUAUGUCUGUGCAGCGGCAGUUCUUCCCAGGCGAGGAGGAUAAGAAAGGAGCAGCAAAAGCUCUAAUGCGACUGCAGGACACCUAUAAGCUGGACUCUGAGAGCAUCUCCAAAGGCAGGCUGCCAGGCAUGACGUUCAACGCCCUCCUGAGUGUGGAUGACUGUUAUGACAUGGGGAAGACGGCCUACAAUGACCAUGAUUACUACCACACCGUCCUGUGGAUGCAGCAGGCCCUGAAGCAGCUCGAUGAAGGAGAGGAAGCUGUCGUUUCCAAGCCUGAUGUCCUUGACUAUCUCAGCUACUCGGUUUACCAGAUGGGUGACCUGCCUCGAGCCAUUCAGCUCACAAGGCGCCUGCUUGCAGUCGAUCCGACUCAUCAGAGAGGAGGAGGAAACCUGCGUUAUUUUGAGAGGCUGCUAGGAAAGGAGAUGAGGGAGAGCAACACUGAGCAGCCCCCAGUCAGAGAGGAACCUACAGAGUUCAGAACCUACGAGAGGCCUGUCGGUCACCUGCCUGAUAGAGAUAUCUAUGAAGCGCUUUGCAGAGAAGAGGGAGUGAAAAUGACUACAGAGAGGCAGAAGAAGCUGUUCUGCAGGUAUCACGAUGGGAACAGGAACCCCAGACUGCUCCUCGCUCCUGUGAAGGAAGAGGACGAGUGGGACAGCCCGCGCAUCGUGAGAUACCUGGACGUACUCUCAGACACAGAGAUCGAGAGGAUCAAGGAAAUAUCAAAACCCCGGCUGGCACGAGCUACGGUACGGGAUCCAAAGUCAGGCGUUCUUACGGUAGCCGAUUACAGAGUAUCCAAAAGUACCUGGCUGGCAGCAGAAGAUGACCCUGUGGUUGCCCGUGUGAACCAGAGAAUAGAAGAUAUAACAGGCUUGACCGUGGAAACAGCAGAACUGCUUCAGGUGGCUAACUAUGGGGUUGGAGGACAGUAUGAGCCUCAUUAUGAUUUCUCAAGAAGAGAUGAACCUGAGGCUUUCAAAUCCUUAGGCACUGGAAAUCGUGUGGCUACUUUUUUAAAUUAUAUGAGUGAUGUGCAAGCUGGAGGGGCGACGGUGUUCCCAGAUUUUGGAGCUGUAGUCAAAUCCAGAAAGGGUACUGCUGUGUUUUGGUACAACCUUCUCAGAAGUGGGGAAGGCGAUUACAGGACCAAACAUGCAGCCUGUCCAGUAUUAGUAGGGAGUAAAUGGGUUUCAAACAAAUGGUUUCAUGAAAGAGGGCAGGAGUUCCGGAGACCAUGUGGCUUGACAGAAGUCGACUGAAGAUCUCCUGUUCUUGCUGCUGCUGUGCUCUUGGGUCCCUCCCUGAACAUCCUUUUUCAUUCACAAGAGUUCACGCUGUCCAGAUUAUUUUGCAGGUGCUCAUUUUACCAUCCUAAAGUUUAGGAUUUUUUUUUUCUUUUUUCAAAUAAAUAAUAGAUUUUUUUAACACACGUGUCGAUAAAUUGUUAAAUAAAAGUGUCUGUUUUCUUGGAAAUAUUGGUGGGGGGGUUUGUUUGUAUGUUGAAAUAAAUUAUACGGAUUAAAGAAAUAAAAU